CCUGUCGUUGUCAUGGGUAUAUUGUGUGAACACCACUUACUAAGUUGGGCAAUUUACUGUGCAGCCACCAAAACACCAGCCGUGUUAUGUAAUGAGCUCUCCUCGCUAUUCUUUGGUGGGGGUGGGGCGGGUAAGCCUCGGUCUUGGCGCGCGGAAUCGGAAAAACUCGCCGUCGUAACCACCAUGGAUGGAUGGAUUGAUCGAUGAGGUAGCUGAGCUCCUAGUCAAGCAUCAUCGGCCACGCCCGUGUCUUGUCCAACACGACUUCGAUUGGCAUCAGCGUCUGCUAUCGCCAUGGAUCUCGAUAAAGACAACGCAAAUCCCACCAUCCUAAAUCCUUCCGAUCUGCCCUCUCGCCGCCAGGAGUCCAUAGGCAGGCGCCGCAAUGAAGGUGGCACUGGCUUGUUCGACGGCUUGAUACCGCAAUACAACUACCUCAACGACCCCUUCGAGCAAUCAGCCCUAUCGAGCGACUCGGAGGAUGAAGUUUCUGAGAUUAUUGACGAACAGGAAGUUUAUGACCUUAUUUCGUCCAUUUCCGAUCCAGAGCACCCGCUUUCCCUCGGCUCUCUAGCUGUUGUGAACUUGCCUGAUAUCCACAUCCAACCCCCUAUAUCGCCAUUUUCCUCCAUUAGCACCGUGCUUGUCGAGAUUACUCCAACCAUCACCCAUUGUUCGCUUGCCACCGUCAUUGGCCUGGGAGUUCGAGUGCGGUUGGAACAGGCACUGCCCCCACGUUUUCGCGUGGACGUUCGUAUCAAGAAAGGCACCCAUAGCACCGAUGAGGCAGUCAACAAACAGCUUGGAGACAAGGAACGAGUUGCAGCCGCUCUCGAGAAUGGCACACUGAUGGGUGUGAUAAGAAAGAUGCUCUCUACUUGCGAGUAGUCGUUGCCUCUUCCACCAUCCCACCGUGCACAAGCUUGAAUGUGAUAUGAUAGACACGAACCUUCUUUUCUGCAUCUGGCGGCGUUUUAGGGACGGUAUACUUGGAUAUUGCCAGAUUCAACCUCUCGUUACAUUUCUCCUGUACAUCAUGAAGCAUCGGGCUCGAUGCGGCCUGACAAGAUUAAGAACAUAUAUGAUCAUCUACAACGUGGUUUAUAUGCACUUGAAGUCUUUAGUAGAACCACAACUUCCUUCCAGCCAAGUCGAUUCAAUAUCCGAGGAUGCGGACUGUCCGAUCGAAUGAAAGCUUUUCACAAACACAGCGAUAUGUUUCGUAGUUCCGACUGGAUCAACAGUAAGCCGAAAGUCGUCUUGAAGUCUACCAUGUGCGCCCCUUUCUGCCUUGUUCUGAUGUACAAACGCAGCGCCCCUACCUCAUCACCCACGCCUCUUCUCGUAUCCUCACAAUGCCGCAUUGAUCAUCCAACAAUCUCAUCAUCAUGUCAUAAUACAGGGUCCAUGCCGUCCAAGCUUCGGUUAAUCUGCGCUCAAUACUUUUUUCUCGCGUGGUCAGCGCGCAUCCACUCGGAAGCAUGCAAGCCAAGCCGCGCAUUGCAAUCCCUCACU